GAGCUGAUCGUGAGGCAGUCAGUCUCGGCGGCCAGUACGAACGGUCGCACAGAAGAUAAUAUUAUUUAAUAUCGCGUGAUUGUUGAACGCGUAAAGUACUAAGUGACACUUAUAGAUCAGUACUGCAAAUAAAUUUGCAAUAUUCAUAUUGUCAUCAUGAAAUUGCCACCGGCUUUACUGAAACAGCUAUGGCUGACUUUGGGUGCGUCACUAUCUUUCCUUAUAAUCGGCCUGGUGCGAGGAUACUCUGCAUCAGCCAUACCCUCAAUAGAAAGCGAGGACUCACACAUCAUACAGAGUAGCGAGCAGAAAUCAUGGAUCGGUGCGAUUCCUCCACUAGGAGCGUUUGUUGGGAGCUUGUUAUCAGGAGUCUUAAUGCAGAGGCUCGGUCGUCGGCGGACUCUUCAACUCACUGCGCCUUUGUGGGUUGCGGGCUGGAUAAUUCUCGGUCUGGCCAAAUACUUCCCCUUGAUACUGCUGGGAAGAAUGAUCUCCGGUUUAUGCGUCGGCUUCGCUCUUGCUCCGGCUCAAGUUUAUGUGAGCGAAUGCUGUGACCCUGAGAUCCGUGGCCGAUUAGGUUCUCUACCGACCCUAUCCAUGUCUUUGGGCAUUUUGCUAUCCUACGUUGCCGGAAACUGGCUUUAUUGGAGAUAUCUAGCUUUCUUCUCAGCGUUCUUUUGUGUUGCCCUUUUCCUGGCAUUAUUUUCGCUACCGGAAUCUCCGGUAUGGCUGGAGGCGCAAGGCCAAGAUCCCGCUCCCGCUAUCAAGUGGCUGCAUCUUUCUGCUCGCGCUACCGCAGCUGUUGAAGAUGAUACACCCGAAAAAUCUGAAGAUCUAAAUGAAAAGCCAAGUCUGUUCACUCGCAAAGUGUUCUUCUCUUCAGUGGUGAUUAAACCACUCAUCAUUGGAUUUGCACUGCUCUUCUUCCAACAAUUCAGUGGUAUCGAUGCUGUCAUUUUCUUUACUGUGGAAAUCUUCGAAAGUGCUGGUAGCAAAUUAGAUGCAAUGACAGCGACGAUUAUCAUUGGCUUGGUUCAGUUGGUGUGUAACGGUGUAAGCACGCUAUUAGUCGACCGUGCGGGCAGAAGGCCUUUGCUGCUCGUCUCUGCGGCAAUCAUGUCGAUGUCCAUGGGCUCUAUGGGAGCAGCAUUCUAUUUUGAGUUCGAAAAUUCUUCAUUCUUGGGAUACCUACCCGUAAUAAGUCUGGUGGUGUUUAUGGUCGGGUUCUCGUUAGGAUUUGGUGGUCUCCCGUUCCUGUUGCUCGGAGAGUUGUUCCCGGCGCACCACAGGUCCCAGCUCUCGGCCAUGGCCAGCGCCGUCAAUCUCCUGUCCAUGUUCACCGUCAUCAAGUCUUAUCAUGCUCUUGAAAGGGUAUUGACAUCAGCCGGAACGUUCUGGAUGUAUUCGUGUUUCUGCGCCAUCGCGUUCUUCUUCGUUCUGUUCCUAGUCCCGGAGACCAAAGGCAAGUCGUUGGCCGAGAUCGAACAACACUUCCGCGGCAAGAAAUCCAAAGAGCGAGUGCAAAUGCAGACUGUCGCAACUGUGUUUUAAAUUUAACAGUAUUAUUUUUGAGAAUUUCCUAUAUACGUUUUAUGAUUUGACUAGUAUAAAAUCCGGUCGUAUCUUUGAAGAAGUUAAAUUACACACAUCUCGUAGCAUUAGUUUUUUUUUUUAAAUCCGUCUGCCUUAUACCGUAUAUGGUAUCAUUUUUCGAGUGUAAAUAAUAUGGGUGUCUAGGUUUCUUAGUGCGCUCUGUAUCUAAGCGGUCAUAUAUUUUGCUAUUCAGGGAGCACUGGAACUGCUUCCGAAAACAAAUAUAAAAGGCAGUGUUGGUUCUUAACCUCUGCGAUUUAAAAAAAUAGAACCGAAUAAUAGUCUAUUUAAAAAAAAAGUAAUAGCUCCGUUACUAUUUUCUUAUUGACUUCAUAAAGGUCCGAUGUUCGGAGUAAGUAAAUUUAAAUUAUAUCUAUGUUUUAUGUAGGUACCGUUGACAAAAAAAUCACAAUUGAAAAUAAAACUUUGAAAUUGUAUGCGUACCCCUUUUUAGUCAGUUUAUCUCGUAGUCAAUUUGUACGUAAUCCUUACAGCAUCACGAGUGAAUGAGUGAGGUGAGUUUUAUGAGCUUUAAGCGGUGCAUAUUUGCAUGUACAUAUAUGUAGAUUGUUAUAGUUUGGCGUGAUGGUUCUCAUAGAAGGAAACAGUAAAGAUUAAAUAUCAACUGUAGUAGUAGUAGUAGUAGUAGUAGUAGUAGUAGUAGUAGUAAUCCGAGAAAAUGGCAGAUGAUUCGAAUUUAGAACAUUAGCUGUGACGUAUGACGUGUAGUACUACUUAUGUACAAUAUAUUAUAUAUUAUUAUAAUAUAGCAGAAUUUAAAAGAUUAAUUGUGUUAGUGAAUUAACGUUAAUAUUGUUGAUUUGUUAUUUUUGUAUAUUUGAAGCAGUAUUAAAUAAAAUAAGGUUGUUGUGUGAUGAUAUUAUAUAUUUAUGAAUGUUUACUGAAGUGAUUGAUUAAUAACGUUAAAUAAUAUUAAAUUAAAUUAAUUUUACGUUUCACGUUUGGUUAAUUAUAUUUAGCUAAUAUUUAGCUAAUACCAUUAUCGAAGACGUAAACGUCGUGUAAUCUGAUUAAAAUAAGAAAUUAUUGAUUAAAUUGAGAAUUUUUUAAUAUAAUCAUUGAAAAAAUAAGUAGAUCAUAUAAUAUACAGAUACUCUUCUACUGUUAUAUUUUUUCUUAUCAUCUAUCUCGAAUAAUUUAGUCUAUGUAAUGCCACAUACCCUUUAUUGCCCUGUUGUGUUAAAUAUUUAUUACUAUUCAAGAUAACCGGUCACACUGUGUUGAAACUAUAGCUUAUUUGUUAAAAAAAUCGAUUUAUAUUAUAAAAAUAGAUUCGAUCUGAUAAAUUAUUUUUUGUUCUACCAUGAACAAUCACAAACAAGUCUAUGAAUGCACUAUUAACGACCACCAAUAUAUUUUCUUACAUAUUUCUAAGAAAUUAAACGUUAUAAUUUUAUACCAUGCUGAAUGAAUGUUUUCUCUGUAAAAUUUAUUUUUAUAUGUUUAUUAGUUGAAAAAUUAACAUUGUAAUUAUAUAAAUCGUAUUCUGAAAUUCGAAAUUUAUCCAUUAUUUAUGUGUGAGGCCAUAUAACUUUGUAGCUCUUCAAAAUUUAUAAGUUUUAAUGAUUGUAACAGUGAACUUUGUGAAAGUGAACACAAAACAGAAAUUACUUUAAUUUAAAUAUUAAAUUUCACUACUGCGAUAAGUAUUUUAUUUUAAUUGUUGUAAAACGUCUAUUUAUUUUAUAUGAAA